AUGAGUGAGGCUGUGAACCCGAAGGCGUACCCGCUGGCCGACGCCCAGCUCACGAACACCAUCAUGGACAUCGUGCAGCAAGCCUCAAACUACAAGCAGCUCAAGAAGGGAGCCAACGAAGCCACCAAGACGCUGAACCGCGGUAUCUCCGAGUUCGUGGUGAUGGCGGCUGACACUGAGCCCAUUGAGAUCCUGCUGCACCUGCCGCUGCUGGCUGAGGACAAGAACGUGCCCUACGUGUUCGUCCCGUCCAAGGCGGCGCUGGGCCGCGCGUGCGGCGUCUCGCGCCCCGUUAUCGCGGCAUCGGUCACCACCAACGAGGGCAGCCAGCUCAAGAGCCAGAUCAACAGCCUCAAGGAUGCCAUCGAGAAGCUGCUGAUCUAA